GUCACGCGCGUCGAACAUCAUCAUCUCAUCCGGGGUGCCCCAGAUUCCUGGACAGACGGUCGGCGGAUAUUUGGAUAGCUGUUCUCUGGGACAGUUUGAAUUUUCCUUUUUUUAUUUGAGGGGUAAGACAGUCACAGUCAGUGUGUAAUUGAUCCAUCCCCCGGUCCUCCGUCUUUGGACUUUCAACUACUAUUGAGGCGAGGAAAGCAAAUUGUAAGAAGCUGUUCUGUUCAAAUUGUGCGUUCCAGGGUUGACGGUGGAAGGAUUCUUUUUCCUUUUUGAUUGCUUGAGUGGUUUUUUUUAAAGGAUGGAGCCACGGAUUUUGUAACGGUUUUUUUUUCUGACGGUAGUGUGUCCUGCUUGAACUCAACCUGUCGGGUUCUUAUGGUCGUCGUCUUAGUCGAGCGUCGUCGGUUGGCUCGGAUUGGGACAAAUGUGAUUGCGUGUGGAAAAAAAAGGAUGCUGCUGUUACGUGCCCCAGAAGGACGCGCGAUUUUUCCCUUCAUUCUACGCUAAUUAGUGCUAAGUGUGAGGGUGUGUAUGUGUGAGUUUGUAAGUGAGCUUUAGUGAGGAGUGAAUUUCAUCAGCGGCCGACCAUCAUUCAUGGAGAUUUUUUUUUGUGCUGUUACGUGCCAAGCCAAGUCAAGUAGAUACCUCCAGCUCAUCCUUCGGGGGGAAAAGUGCGAAAAAGGCAAGCGACAGCAGUUAGGAGAGAUUUUUAAUUAGUUCUUCAGCUCGCAUAAGAGUCAAGUUUUGUGCGCCGACACUGGAAUUCAAGGAUAUCCGAAAAGAUUAAGUGCUCCUUAGUAGGAAAAUGAGCAUCUUGAGGAUGGAAUAGGCUUGGUCUGACCUUUGAGUGUAAUGAAACAGCAAGAGGAAAAAAAGGCUGCUGGCAUUUUGGAAUUUGAUUGCGCUUCGUGGAAAUUUAAUCUCGCGGCUCGCGGUAUCGUGCUUUGGCAGUUCAUAACAGCUCGUCAUCGCAACUCUUGUGUUCCGCCAGGAGUUCUGCUCCUCAUUGAGCAUCUUCAAACGGAUUUAGUGCUACGUUAGUAUCCUCAGCUUUAAUCCUGCAGAAAUCAUCGCCUCAGAAUUAUUCUACAUCCGUUUCCUGUUCAAAUAAAACUACUCACGGGAGCAACCACAUCUAACAGCAAAGACAAAUAUUUGCUACCACCCCGUUGAUGUUUGUGCAAGCAAAGUUAAUUAAUUAGAGUGUGCUCGUCGUAGUUGGGUAUGUGCUUCGUGUGUGCCACCGUGAAAAAGCAAAUGAUAAAAAGCGGAAAGCUAAUUUCCGUCAUGUGCAGUGAAUGGUGCUGAAUGAGCUUCUCAAAUGUAUGUUUGAAAAUAAAAAAAAACCCACGCUUCCAAUCAACGCCAGAAGCUGUAGCUACUGCUGGCUGAGUGAUCAUCGUUAGUCAAUAUUUGUACAAUAUCUGUAUGUUGUCGGGGACCCAGAAGUGAUCAUUCACGGAACGCUGCGGAUAUUUUGUUUGGAUAAAAUCGAACACUGACCCGGACUUGGUCCCUGGAGCUUCAACGAGACAGUGUGGACAGUUCAGAUAAUUAUCGUCUCCGCAUCCAAUGAUUCUUCAACCAAAAACGCAAAUGCCAACCCAUAGAUACGUUUAAAAAAAUUCCCCACUCAUCACGCGAAGUUCAUCGAUUAAAUAUUCAUCCUUACCCAUCCAUUGGAAUCGAAAGUACGGAAACGCAGGUGCUUUUAUCCGACGGAAUAAAGUGUGUCAGAGUGAAAAAAAAAACGAAGAAGAUAACCAGCUUUUCGAGUAGGUACAAGCUCGAAGGACUCGACAUUUUCAAUUAAGGAGCUUUAACGAGAUCCCCAACUUUUCUGAUUCGUGUGCCGAGAGUAUGUGCAGCAUCCGGCAGCCAAAAUGCGUAUGUGAUGAAAAACCUCGAGUGUCAAUUUUAAAGUGAUAUCCUCGUUCUUCUAGAGAGCCAUACGUGUGAAAGCACUUCUGCCCUACGACGAGUUGCUGCCACGUGGAGCGGAAUCGAUUAACGAAGGUCGAGUAGGAUUGGGGAUCAGGAGUCACUUUCGCCUUCUCCAGGCUGCUCUAACUGCCUAAAUAGAACGAAGGAACGCGCCUUCGGAUGUGUGAAAAUCGAACCGGAAAAAGGUAAUUCCCGGCAGCGUGUUCCUUAUAGCUCUACAUACAUAUAUUUGGGUUAGUAGGUAGUCCAAAGUGAACGGGAAAGCCCACGCAUCUCUCGAGAAAGUGAUCGAAAUCAUGAGGACGACGACGAAGGCUCGUUUGGAUGAAUGCGCCCGGAGGUAGGCAACCGGUAGUAAUAAAAUACGAGAAUCUUGCUCCGGGAAGAUACGGUGGAUUGGAUUUUCCUCGAGGUUUAGUAAGAAAAAAAGAAAGAAAAAAUAAUCCGAUGAUUUGUCCCGACUGGGCCCCCAGUACGCGCGUAUUCAAUGAGCGUCGAGCGACGAGUGGAAAAUUAAAUUGGUGGUGAAAUUUAUUGGAUUACGUUGGAGCUUGAUCAAAUUAGGUGCGACUCCAGAAUCCCGAAAUUUUAAUGGAAAGAAGCAGCCCCUUAAACCUUGUGUGUAGGUUGUCGAAGUGCAAGAAGAAACUGGGUCCAGAUCACGGCGUUGCUGCCUGACUGACUUUCUCGACAAGCCAGGCGCGAAGGCCAGAGAAUUGAAGAAGAUUAAUUAAUGAAUUCAAUUAGGAGGAUCGAUAUUUCGCCACCGGCGACGGUGGUUAAACGGAAAGACUGAUUGGUGGUUUUUAUUCGCGUCCCGAAUGAUGAUUGAAGCCAACCGGGAUUGUGCGUUUUUGUGAAUAAAGUUACCACACUUCUCUUCGGCUCCCAAGCGUCCACGGAUUCAAAUCGUCGUCGCACGGAACGGUCACACAAAGUACUUCCGUGCGGUUGUUCAAGAUUCGUGACUUUGUGUUUUCCCGCUGCUUCCGGCAGUCGCGGUGCGAUCAGAAUAGGAAUAUCACUGGAAGAAACCGUUUAACGGGAAGAAAACACCCGUAGUUUUUCCCAUCAUCAUCGUGUAAUCGUUUCUCGUCAUCCUCGUCGUCGCUUUUUCGUUGCUUUUUUUUCGCCCCCACCAAAGGAGUACGUGCACUAAGCACCAGCUACAACAAUAUGGCUGCCACCAUGAGAUCCGGAGGUCUUCACCAUGCUUCUUCGCUCGGGAACAUAGAGGCUUCAUCGUCACAGUCAACCACAAACCUCGCAGCUCGCAACUACGAUUCCGAGGAUGAAAACAUGGGCAGAAAAAAGACGCGUCCUUUCGAUACCGGGCCCGGCUCUCGUGCCCCCAUUUACUCCAAGGGGGACAUCCGUGAACAGUACUGCCUGACAGACCGACAGCUCAGCUCGAUCGACCAGCCGCGGCGGGAGCGCUUCUUUGGGUGCUGGUCCGGACGCAAUGCACCGCAAUCGUUCCUGGGGGUGUGCGUUGGCCGCCGGGCACCCUCCGAUGAAAACUUGGCCGACUACGCCCCGAUGCAACGGUAUCCGAGGCACAUCCAUGCGGGUCCAAUCACCAAAUCCAUCCUGCAGCAGUACGAUGACGAGCUGGAUAAUCCAUACUUCCGGCGGAAACCGACCUCAUUCCUGGCGGGGCCUGCCGGUGGUGGUCCAGCCCUGGUGACGGGGAGCAGUGCCACACUUCCGGCCGGGGACAUUCGACGGUGCACCUGGAUGCCUCCGAUGGACGACGAGGUCGGAGUUCAGAUGGAGGGACCAAGCAACAGGAGCUGUUGGCUCUCUCUUCCGCCUGUCGCUAUUUCACCCUUUCUAUCGCCCCAACUUAGGCCCUCUCACCAUCACAGUCACCAACAACUACAGCAACUACAGCAUCAUCAACAACAACAGAAGUUAGCACACAACCACCUUCAACAGCACCUGCACCAAAACCAUCACCGGGCCCUGCAGCCUUGCCCAUCGGCAGCGACCAGCGUUUCGUCGUCGGCGGAUCUCGAUCUUCCUCUGAUUCCUCCGCCGCCACCGCCAUCCGCCCGAAGUCCUGCCGAGGACCGGGCGACGUCUCCCUUCGUGGUGGGGACUCCACUGGCCAGUGCUUCGGCCCGGGCAGCCGCCUAUCUCAGUCUUAGCACCGAACAACUACCCGGAUUGUAUCGGUGUCCUGCCCAUUCGGAUCUUCCGCCUGCGCCUCCCCCGCCACCUCCACCCAACGUUGGCCUUAUCGAUGGACCACCGAGGACCAAGCACGUUAGCUUUGCCCGCUCCUACACACUGACCUCGUUCAACGAAGCCGCGGGAGGUCGGCCAAUGUCCCGGUUGACCGCAGCCCGAAGCCAAGAAAGACUGAUAGGUGGUAAGAAGCCGACGAUUACGCUCAGCACUCAGCACCAGCCGAUGGCCGCCCACUUUGGAACGCCCCUGCACUCGAUCCUGCAGCAAUCGAAUCAACAACAGCACCAGCAACAGCAGCAGCCUCUUCUACACAUUCAGCUGGGCCCUCAACCGCAACAGCAUCAGCAUCAGCACAUCCACACCCAUCAGCACCUACCACAUCACCUUCAACAGGCUGCUGCCCAACAACAGCAGCAGCAACAACAACAUCUAAUCAAUCAAUUUCAGCAUCAACAGCAACAGCAUCAGCAUCCCAUGCAGCAACCACAUUCUCACACGCAGCAGCAGCAACAACAACAGCAACAGCAAGGCGUUUCUGUUCAAACACCCUCUCAUCUCACUCCUCAGCAGCAGCAACAACUUCACCAUCAACAGCAACAACUACAGCAACAGCAUCAUCAACAACAGCUCCUUCUCCAGCAGCAACAGCAUCAGCAGCAACAACAUCAACAACAGCAACAACAGCUCCAGGAUCAGGUUGUGACGGUCGAGAAAAUCAAACGAAGUGCCAUGAAAACGCAAGCCACGCAAACUGAAGUGCACCUGAACAAAAAGCGACCGAAUGCUCCGCACCAUCUAUCGCUUAGCCCCAGGACGAUUCAUAGGGUCAAGAUGGUAUCGCAAGGAGCACAAACCAAUGGCGGCCUAAACGGGGGAAGGAAAUUAACGAAAAGCUUAUCCGAGGCGGCUGAUCGAAUACAGGAAAACGGAAUCGACAGUUCCGCGGGUUCGAUAGAUGAACCCAAGACGCCCACUGAGCACGAGCUGCUUCAUCGAACACAGUCCGAAGAACCGCCAAAGUCACCAUUUACGAUCACUUCACCGCCAUCCAAAUCAUCGCUCAUUCAACAUUUCGAACUGCCUUCGCGAGCAUCGUCACAGAUGAGUCAUUCGGACGUUUCGCGCAGUGAUCAUUUCCCGCUGGAUCGGAUCAUGACCCAUUCCAGAAACCACUCGCAGGACAGUGCCACUUCCUAUCGCUCAACGGAUGGAUCGCGAACAUCCUACGAAACCAGUUCCUAUCCGUACGAGAUGUACGACAGCAUUGUACUGCCUCGUCGUUCAAGCCACACUCUUUCGAACGAACCAUUCCAGGUGCUGCGCAAAGAUAUCGAGCAAGUUCAUCACCAUGGAUACGAAAAUGGGCAUGUGUUCGAAAGCCACAGCCUCCCCAGGAGAACCUGUAUCCAUCAUAAGCCGGAAGAGUUUCACACUCAUACAUUGCCACGUCGGGAUCCUCAUCACCCGCACCAUCAUCAUGAGAUCAUUUUUAAGGAUCAGCUCAAAAUCCCUCCACAGGAAAUGCUUAUCUCAAACGGCUCAGUUAAUCAAGAUAUCCGUUCUUUCGACAGCAAUAGUCUAAACAGACGAAUGUCCGCCCACGUUUCGGUAGCUCAUCAAGACCCCAAACUAAACCAGCACAGACGAGCUUCAUAUGCCUACGUUACACCAGAAACACACUCUUCCCUAACCAGAAGAAACUCUAUCACACACCAGCAGGUUCAAAAGGUCCAACCAAUGAUACAGGCUCAUCAUCCCACUCAACAACAACAACAACAACCAUCGACGAUUCCAUCCAAGAAACAGCAACAACAGCCUACAACACCCCAACCACAGCAAUUCCAACCGCUUAUCAAACCUCAACCACCAAUCUUCUCAACCCCAUCGCAUCCACCACCCUCGUGUCCGAUCACUCCCCCAAACAUCCAACCGCUGGACAUGCAAGACGACACCAAAUCCUCCUCGGACGAAUCCUGCUCAACCUGUGACUCCGAAAGCGAGAAAGACGACAAAGAGGAACAGGAAAUCUUCAUCGAUUUCAAACCCCGAGUUUCUCCCGUUCCCUCGCCGAACGCGGUCAAAAAGAAAAAGCUCCAAAAAACCGUCUCCGAAGGGGAAAUCCUCAUUGACAAAAAGAAAACCAAGCCAACCGAAAAACCAACUGCCGCCAUUUCGGCCAGCGAAGAAGACCUGGUGUCUCCAACAACGGCAGACAGCCACCAAGACUCGAACCUCCAGUUCAGCACGACUCCCAUCAAGGACGAAGGCAUCUUCAUCGGAAGUCCACCACAGAUAACAGCCACCGCAGAAAGCGAACGGCGCAAGGAAUCUUUCCGGAAGCGAUCCAUCAGCCUCGAUGAACCGACCAGUGUCGAAGAGGAGAAGGGUCUACUCGAAGAGCUAGAAGCCGAUGCAAAGGAUGACAAAAUGGCAACCGCACCGCCAUCUCCCUAUCGAGAGGAGAAACUGUCGAUCAAAUCGCACUCGCCGUUCCACUCAUCCGAAUCUCUUGCCACCCGGGACAAUUCCGACGCCAACUGGAACGAAUCGCAGUCCACCAUCAUGACGCCGAGUUUGGCCGACAAUGGCAUGCUGACGCCGACGUCGAAGCGCAAGAAUCUGCUGUUGCAGCAUCAGCAGCGCAGCUCCAUGGAUACCGACGCCAUGGAUAUGGAGGACAUCGCUGAUCAGCCUCUGCCACCACUUCCGGGAGCGGUGAACCCGUUGCAAGGUGUGAUGCCUCAGCAAACAAGCAUCGUCGGCCCCAUGACGUCGCCAUCGUCGUCCUCAGCCAUCGCCAUAUCUCAGCUGUCAAGUCCAGCGGCCGCAGUCGGUUCCAUUUCCCAGCCUUUGUUGCCAAGUGGACCUCCGGUGGCGACAGGAAUUGUGAAGCCAACUCCCACCAUUGCCGUCAUUCCGUCACUCAGCAUCGAGCGGGAACAGGAACAGCACCACCUGAGGCAGCAACAGCAACAGCAGCAGAGCGGAAGUAGCAAGACGGCCACCCUGAGACGACCCUCGAGGCCCCUUUCGCCUUCCAAGAGGCGGGGAAGCGCCGAUCACAAACAGAAACAGCUCACCAAAAUCGAACCACUCAUUCAUCGCUCUCCGGACAACGCAGAUCGCAUUGUGCCUACCCUAAAGGAUCAAUCGCCGCUGAGUGCCCCUGGAACACCGCAACCCAUUUUUUCCGCGCCAGAUCUUAUCAAGCCCGCUGGCCCAAUGAUUCCAGCUCACCAUUCACAGCCAUCGAUCACUGCAACGGGGACAGGAGCAACUCCCUCUGGAAGCUCAAAUCGGGCUCCCCACUCGGUCAUCCAAUCGCCCCGAUUCGAACACGCCAAGCUGAAAAACCUCGACGAACGAGAUCUCGGAUCCGAGGGCAGCACCACCGAGGACUACGCCACCUGUACGGACAACUCGAAGCGCACCGGACCACCUUCGUCGUCCGCCCACGCCGGCCCAGCCGGAGCCAAAGGUAUUUUUAAAAGCAUCCACGCCAUUAGACCAACCACCAAACAAGUAACAGCAAACGCAACUCAGGAAGGAUCUUCGUUCGAGAGUGCCUCUUCGCUGUAUUCCUUGGCCCGGGUUGACGCUAUCAGUGAAGACACACCACCGGUGGAGGAAAUUCCUCAAUCACCCCCUCACAUUCCCGUUCUUCCCAAAGCCUCUCCGGCACAUUCGGUAAGCAGCAGCAGCAGUGAAAGCUACGCGAUGGCAACGAAGAAAAGUUCUCCUCCUCGAACGACAGUGUUGCCAAAAGCGAUGGGUGGAAAGAUCAAGAUCAAACCCGAAUCCAUAUCUGAUGACGAACGCAGCGAAAAGCGAUACUCGUCAUCUCACGACGAAAAAGACUUGGGCAAGGGAACUUUAACGAGAGGUGCUCGGAGGGGUCGCGAUUGGAAUGAGGAAGAGCGUCGAAGGAAAAAGAGCACCUUCAAGCUUGAGUUUGACAAAGAUUCCCUAAGAACUUACACGACUCCGAUGCUGAGACAGCCGAGCCCUGGCUUCAAGAAGCUAUCCCCCGAGGACAAAAGUGCACUAAACGUAUUGGAUGGAGCGAGCCCUAGCGGUAAGCAGAAACGGUUCCGGCCUAAGACUAGAAAGUCACCUCGAGCACGAACGGCAACCGGUGGAGAGGAAACGACGAUCGCUGCGAGUACACCGAUGCGACGGGCCAAGACUCCCUUGAUACGGAGUCCGGAAAAACCUCCGAGUUCAACGCUGCCGGCGCAUGUGACCGUGCCAAAAUUGAGUCCAGCUCAGUAUUACUCACAAAUUAAAAGUCCACCUUCGGGAAGCUCGCCCCGGAAACAGAAGAUGCCCCCUACGGAACAACGAUUGAAAGCAAUUUCCACCGAGUCGCUGCGGUCCGUAUCUCCCGGGUCCGAUUCGGUGUUCUACAGCGAGGCGGACGGAUUGUCCCAAUCCGAUCAACAGGUCCACUGCCACCAUUGCGGCAAGGAGGUCGAAUCCGGGACGGGAACCGGAACUGGAGCCGCCGGCGAGUCGGAAGAAUCGAUGACCACCGCCCUAACGCUCGACUCGACCGACGGCGAUCGACCGGAUAUCGUACAGCCCCCGGAAGGCUUUGCCGAUUCACCCGACUGCACCAAAACCGUCCACACCCGGCUGUACAAGAAGAUGGACAAGCGAUUUCGCUCCGAAGACCGGCACGCCGAUCGAUCGCGUCACUUCAAAUCGCGCCAGGAGUACCGAGCGAAGAGCGAAGAGCGAGGUCGGGAUGAGACGGAGCCGAACAAUCUGCGACCCGCAGGAUCUUCACCUUGUGUCGCGCCUGUAGCUCCGUACACGGAGCAUCAAGCGGAACCGGAGCAAGGAAUCUACCAUGGGAACUACAAGGCAGGAUUGUGGAUCUGCAUUGCCGAUCGAGACGUUUGGCGUAGGUACGAUUUGAGUGGAGAUGGAUCAUUUGAUCGGGCUCCACGAGAUGUAGCCGAUCGUAGGGGAUCUACAGAUUCGGAAAAAGAUUUUCGCAAGAAGUAUCAAGCGAUCACGCAUCGUUUGGUUCAUCGGAGAUCGUGUGUCGAGAUGUAUCGACGACAAAGUACGAAUAGCUUCGAAACGGACAAAACGGUAAUGGUUUGUCGUAAAUCGGGUGAGUUCGGCUUUCGGAUACAUGGUUCCAAACCGGUGGUGGUAUCUGCUAUUGAACCCGAAACACCUGCUGAAACUUCGGGUCUUGAGGUCGGUGAUAUCGUUCUUUCGGUAAACGGCAUUCCGGUGAUCGACAAAAGCCACUCUGAGGUAGUGAAGAUCGCUCAUGCUGGUAGCGAUACUUUGGAACUUGAGGUGGCGCGCACAAUUGGAGUUCUAUCACCCUUAGAUGACACCACAUCGAAUCCCUCGCUUUACUCAGGAUUUUUGUGGAGGAAUUCCACCACAAAUCCUGGAAAAUGGAUCAGAAGGUGGUUCUUACUUAGGCCGGAUCACUGCCUGUAUUAUUACAAGUCUGAGUUGGACAACCAACCAAUCGGUGCCAUCAUGUUGACCAACCACAAGGUCGAUCGUCUCACCAUCGAAGCUUCCGGGAAGGCCUUUUCGUUCGCCGUGGACACCGAAGAGGGUACCAAGGUUCAGCUGGCCGGAGAUACUGAUGAAGCAGCCAGCCGCUGGAUAGCUAUCAUAAGCCAUGCUGCUCAGCAGAGUGAUCCCUGGCUGGAAAAUAGUGCCCGAAACCUUCGACUUUCGGUAAGCGGAAUUCAUAAGCCGGACUGUGCCGGACCCCUCACGAAGUUGGGCAGCAAAUGGCGAUCCUGGACCAAGCGCUACUGCGUGCUGAAGGAUGCCGUCCUCUAUUUCUAUCACGAUGCGGGCAGCAAAAAUGCGUUCGGGAUGGCCUGCCUGCAGGGCUACCGGGUGCAACCGUCGUCUGCCGGUGGCAAGAAGUAUGCCUUCGAGAUCGUUCCUCCGGAGCUGACCCUGAGGCACUACUACUUCCACACCGACACCGAGAUGGACAAGAAGCGCUGGGUCGCCGCCCUCGAAUAUUCGAUAGACCGCUGGAUGAAGGCCGGCUGAAAUACGUUGAAAAGAUACGAGCAACUCGUAUAGUACACAUUCAGGCGUUUUCGGCCAGCCGUCGUCGUUUUCAUCGUCACAGCAGCUCACCCAGUGCGAUGUUUUUACUUUCUUCUGUGUUUUUCGUCCGGCAGCAGCAGCAGAAGCAGUACACUGAAAAAAGUGCGGUGGUUUGUUUUUGGUUUCAUAUUUUCAAAGAAUUAGUUUUUGGAAAAAAAUUGACAAAAAAAACUAGGUAAACGCAAUGCGGGAGCACAGAGGAAAAGUACGAGAUUUAAUAAAGAAAAAAAAAAUCAAUGCAUUAGUAUUACAAUUAGAUAAGAUUCGAUGUCCAAUUAGAGCCAGGUUAAAUGGAUGGGAAGCUUAAGUAGGAUUUUGGACGUCAUUUGUCAACUUAGAGGUCGGUGUGCUAUUCGAAAAUAUGACACAAAAAUAAGCUAAUUGGUAAGAUGCUCAAAAUCCAGUUGUGAUUCAAAUGUGUUUAGUGUGUAAAACCUAGGAAAAAUAUAGGAAUAAAACUUUUGACGGAUAAAAAACAUCAACGAACUGAGAAUUUGCGAUUGGUAAGAUGAGAAUAAGUCGAAUCUUAAGCGCACAUUUUAAGAGAGAAACAAAAAUAAACUACCGAUUAGACCUUACAGAAGAGUAUGUGUUAAUAUAGACAAGAAAAUAUCAGUGUAAUGUAUUCUAAAAACCAAAUAUUAAGAAAAAUAAAAUCGGGUAUUCAUGGCUUGAGCAACGUUGAAAAGUUGGAAAACAGUUAAUUUUUUAGCUGUUUUGAGAGGGCAAACAAUUUGCUGGAAGGUUGUCUGUUGAUUGCAUUAGAAUAGAGUUUACGAUUAGGAAAUAUGUAAAUGUCACAAUACUAAACAGUAUCGAAUUAUAAAUCAGAUGUUUUUCUCUGAGAGAACUGAUUUCGUUGCCAGUAUUUAUUGUGGAAAAAAAAUCUAAAUGUCACAGAAACGAUAACUGAAAACACGAAUAGAUGUCCGAAGCUUAAAAAAAUUUCUGUACAAUUUUGCAACUUUGAUAGCUUUUUUCAUAAGAAUAUCAAAGAUUUUGUUAGUGAAUAAAAAUUUUACGAUACCUAGUUGCAAAAAAUCUCAUAUCAUAUUGAACAGAUGAUACCUUCGCUGAUAUUUGUUUUUCAAAUGGAACGCAUACAUAAGAUAAAAAUAUAUUACCUACCUAUCAUGCUUCUCAAAAGUAACCACAUAUUAUAAAUUAUUUAAACUUAUCCUCAAAAUUUCAAACUGAAUAAAGUAACAACAUCAUGAUUCAUUUUUGAGUCAUACUUGACAAUUUACAAUUUAAAAAAUAAUUGCCAAAAUCACUCAACAAUGAAUUAGUGAUAGUGAUAAUAUAAACACUUCAUAUUAAAAAACAAAAACAAAAGUGCUUUGGUCAUCGAGACAGUAAGAAAUGAUCGAUUUCCUGGAAAUCCGAUUCAACCUUUUCAAUCUCUCUUCCCAUCUUUAGAGUAUUCAGGAAACCUUGCUACACUCAAAGACAAUAACUGUAAACCUUUCAGAACAUCACAUUCCAUCUCGAAACAUUCCCGUUUUCACAGCAAUAAAUUCAUUCCCAAAAAGGACACUAAUUUGUCCACCAGUGCUCAACCAGGUUUCCCAAAUGUAAGUCUAAGAAAUCCCCACGUUUACAGUUGCAAAUUUUUUUUCUCUCAAUCCUUGUGCAAAUUCCAUACAGAGAAUACUCAUCGCGCUACACAAUUCAUUUAACUUUACACAAAAACACCACACAAAAAGCCGAUAACGAAAACGAAUGACCUUAAAUAUAAAGUAAAGUUAAAAAUUAAAAUCCAUUGAUAAACGCCAUGUAGAUAAAACCACGGAAUAAACUGAGUAUUUUUUUUAAACUUACGAAUCGUCACAGCGACCCUUUGAAUAUUAGAAAGAAAGAACAAAAAAGGUUAUUUUAGACUAGUUAAGUUUUAUAAAAAAGUAUAUCAAUAUUGACUAUUGGAAGUAGUUUAGCCGGAAAAGUAAAAAAGCGGUAUGUAGUUAAUAUAUUUAAGAAGAUAUAAAAAAAAUCUGCUAGUCGAAACAAUUAAUUGUGAAUAGAAAAUGCAAUGUUCAAAGUUUUAUUUGAAUAACAAGCCCUGAAGACAUACAUAAACAUGUAAAACCGUAAUGCUAUUAAUUACACUCGAUUUAGAUUAAGUUGAUAUGCUCCUCCUCCCUGAAAAAAAAAAUCGUAUGACAGUUGAAGUAAAUAGAAACAACCUCUAGCAUCGGAACUUGAUAGGAAGCAAAAAUGCUACAGAGAAAAACCAAUAAAUAAUAUGCAUCAAUCUUCAAAAAAAAAAAAAAAGAAAAUUCACACAAACCCAACUGCACCGAAAUAAUUGAAUAAAAAAACUUCAAAUAAACCUUUAAAAGAUAAAAGCACUGCCAAAAGCGGGAAAUUUCCCCUUCGUGGGAAUUAAAAUACAGAUGAAAAUCCCGACGACGAAGGCAUACCGAGAAAAAAAAACAACCAUGAAACCGAAUAACUUUAAUCUCACGAGAAAUUAAUACAACACACGUAAAGCGGCGUAAUAGUUACGACUACAGCAAAGAAGGUGCGAAAUAGACCAAUUACUAGAAGAAAAGAAAAUCAAUGAGAGAGAACUUAUUAACUGUGGCGCAAAGAGGCGAUACUCGAUUAAAAUAUAUAUGAACCACAAAUUAA